AUGAAUUGCCUAUCGGUUCCAGGUGUGGAGCAAGAGAAAAAGAAGAGCCGAUCUAUACUUCGUCAACUAUCUCAACUAUCCAGAAGAUCAAUAGAUUCCUUGUCAUCAACACUGUCGUCUCCAAGAACGCCAAGUCCAAGGGCCACAUUUUCGGAUUAUCCAAAUCCAUGUGAGCUAAUUCUUCUCUCUGCUCUCCAAGCCCAUGUAAUCUCUGGAGAUGACAUGAGAAACUGUGCAACCGAAAUCCAAUCCCUGACACUUUCCGAAAAGCAGAAACUUGUCAAUUUCUUUAAAUCUGAUGGUGACGCCGCUGGAAUUCUGGAGAACAACGCUUUUAAGGCAUUCAACUGCCCGAAUUUAACAUCAGAUCUUCUCAACGAAGAAGGAACCGAGGUUUUGGAACAACUUUGGUUAAAACUCAACAAUCUGGUCAUUCCAUCACUUCAAUCAAUGUGUUUCCCGUUGAAUGAAAUUGAUGCGUCAUUUGAUGUUCAGACUUUCAUAUUGACUGCCUUCCGUGACAGAGUUCUAGCAAAGCUGUUGCAAGAUGUUGACCAAGAAUUGCCGCAAUUAAAAUCGAUUCUGCUGACGAUUCUCGUAGAAACAAAUGAGGUUCCAAUGACGUUGAAAACGAAAAUUGACAUUUGUUUGGGAAAGAGUCCAAGCUCUUCGAAUAAUGUGAAGUCUCGCUACCAGAAGAAAACUCGCUCAAAAACCGAUUCCUGCCUUUCAAGUAAACGAAAAUCCGUCUCCUGGAUCGACGAUAUGCAUGAUCCGAAUUCCCGAAAAUCGUCUACUUUCUGUUCAUAG